AUGUCUGCUGUUAAACGUAUUCUCCCUCUCUUUGAUCGAGUCUUGGUUCAGCGUAUCAAGGCUGCUGAGAGAACUGCUUCUGGUCUUUUCAUUCCUGAAAAUGCUCAAGAAACUCUCAACGAAGCUGUUGUAAUUGCUGUUGGUCCUGGAGCUCCUGGUCAGAAUGGUGUCGUUUGUCCAGUUUCAGUUCAGGAAGGUGAGCGUGUGCUCUUGCCUCCAUUCGGCGGUAAUGCUGUCAAGAUUGGUGAUAUCGAAUACACUCUGUACAGAGACUCGGAACUCCUCGCUAAAUUGCAGUCUUGA